AUGGCGACAAAUGGCGCAGGCUCGACAAGUCCUCCACACGCUAUCGACAGGGCAGCACAACGUGGUGCGCCUGUACCUUCUCCUAUAGCUACCGCUUCCCCUCCUUCCAGACGAGAGUUGGCAUCGUGGUGGAAAAAGUUCCGAAAAACAACGGAAAAACCAGACGAGAAGGUUGAAAAUGGUCCUGGAAUCUUCGGUGUCCCGUUGGCCGACAGCAUUAGAUACGCGAAUGUCGCAAUUUCGUUACAGAAUGAGAAUGGCGAAAGCUUCAUUUACGGCUACGUGCCCAUUGUGGUAGCAAAAUGUGGUGUGUUUCUGAAAGAGAAAGCUACGGAUGUCGAGGGAAUCUUCAGGCUGAGUGGCUCAGCGAAGAGAAUCAAAGAUCUACAGACAGCAUUCAAUUCUCCUGACAGAUACGGAAAAGGGUUGGACUGGACUGGCUACACGGUUCACGACGCUGCUAAUAUCCUGCGCCGUUAUCUCAAUCAGUUGCCCGAACCCAUUGUUCCUCUAGACUUCUACGAACGAUUCCGAGAACCCCUCCGAAAGACCCAGAUCCAAGGCCCAGAUGGCGAAUUGCACCCCAGAGACCUCAGUGUCAGCGAGCACAGCGAAGCCGUGUCCUCUUACCAGAAGCUCAUCACGGAACUGCCGCCUCUGAACCGACAACUCCUCCUCUACAUCCUUGACUUGUUGGCAGUUUUUGCCUCCAAAUCAGAUCUCAACCGCAUGACUGCCGCGAAUUUAGCGGCCAUCUUCCAACCUGGCAUCAUCUCACACCCUUCACACGACAUGGCUCCUCAUGAAUAUAGACUCAGCCAAGAUGUGUUGAUAUUCCUGAUCGAGAAUCAAGACAACUUCCUCAUUGGGAUGUCAGGAACGGCAGUUGAUGAGAAGACCCAGAAAGAUGUUGAAAGUGGCCCACCAUCAGUACGCUCUCCCAAGCCUGUUGGCAGAUCUACAUCCAACGCCAGUGCAGGCGCAGACAGUCUAAGAAAGUUCGGCGUACGCCGAAACGUAUCGGUGUCCUCUCGUGGUUCUAGAGAACGGAGCAGCCCUGGUGUCUCGAGCCCAGGCACGCCUUCUGGAGUGACCUCCUUUGGAGGAGGCUCGGGUAUUUCUCGCAGUAAUACUGUCCCAUCCAAGAGGUCCCCAGCUAUCGCGUCUGGCAGAUUUCAGCGCAUAACAGAUGGCCCAGACUCGAGUGUUCCUGCGGCCAGCUCCCCAAUUGCUGGGCCAGGAACGCCUCAAGCGAACCACGAGACCAGCGGGUCGAAGCCAUCAAGUUCGAGAUCAAUUCAACCAGAUGAGACCGAGGACAGAAUUAUGCCGGCGCCUACCGACGAUCCAACCCACCAAGCAGACGAUUCGCAAAAUAGGACAAAUUCUCUUCCCCUUGCAGUCCCCAACCAAAUUCAACCUCUGCCCUCACCGUUGGCAACUCAGCAAGUCCUCUCCAACACAGCUGCAAGUGCGAAUAAGGAUCGCAAGGUGCCGAACAUAUUCUCCAAAUCACCCAUCUUCGGCCCUUCAGAUCCAUCUGGUAGACAGCCUAGAAAGCUUCAAAAGAGACAGAAGAUUCCUGGAGCCGCCAAUGAAAGCGCUCAGAGUUCAUCAAACUCUCUACAGGGAGACGAUUCGGGCACAUUCCAUACACCCCUCAUCUCUCCUGAUCUCAACAAUGCGGGCAGAGCCGAUCCAUUAGUACCACCACAAGGCCCCGCAUUUACCAGCACAGCAGCUACCCCUGUCAAUGAGACACCAGGGCAAAAGCUCUUUGGCGCGAACGAUGAGCAGAACCAAGGAACCGGUCUGAGACCCCCUCAAAAGUCUCCACCUGGUUCAACCCGUUCUCGCUCCUCUUUUACAGAUCACUCUGAACCCGAUGCUGGAGAAUACACGUCGAGUCGGCCAGAAAAGGAGAAGCGUCGUAGCAGAUGGAGAUUUUCAUCGUCUGCGAAAAAGGGUGAAAACUCUCCACUAGCGCCUCCACCGCCUAUUGGGCAAAACCAAGGUGCCAGGGGCAGCAAUAGUUCUCUCGGCAGCGCAAGUCGACCACGGAAGAGCUUUACUGGAGACUCUCAGCAGACGCAAUCGGCCUCCCAAUAUGGUGACGCUCCAUAUGGAAGUGGACAGCAGUCGCUGAUGUAUUCAAGUCAAGAGUCGAAUGAAGGACACAACGUUGAAGGCGAGAAGAAAGGCUUAUUUGGCAAGUGGAAGGCCAAGAUCUCUCAGACAAGAGAAGAGAGACAAGCUGAAAAAGAAAGAGCCAAGAGCCCCCCAAGGAAUGAAUAUGGUGCCUCGCGAAGCAGUCUUAGUGCGAUUGCGCAGGAACACUUUGCGCAGAGAGGCCGGUCCUUUGACAGACCUCGUGAGGAGCCUUUGCCUGGCGUGGUUGAAAAGCCAGUUGCCGAGAGCCAAGCUCUAGAUCCCAAGCAGGCGGCUGAGCAGGGAGACAAGUGA